GACAGUUCUUGCGAUGAUGCAAAAUGAUUACGGUUUGAAUGCGGUCUACGAUUUUUGUGAGAGUUUGUUGUUACUGUCACUAAUCAUUAAUUUGCAUGUGUCGGAAAAGUUGAUGACUCGCUGACUUAUGCGGUUUUAUAUCAAUCUUUUACUAAACAAUUGUGAACAGAUAAUGGCGUCGGGAUUAGAGAGUUAUAUGAAUCAUACGGUUUCUAUUAUCACGUCGGAUGGUAGGAAUUUUAUAGGCACAUUGAAAGGUUUUGAUCAGACUAUCAACAUAAUUCUCGAUGAAUCACAUGAACGGGUAUAUAGUACAACACAGGGAGUGGAACAAGUUGUCUUGGGUUUACAUAUUAUCAGAGGAGAUAAUGUAGCGAUAGUGGGAGAGCUAGACGACGAGAUGGAUGCACGAUUGGACUUAUCAUCGAUACGUGCUGAUCCUCUAAGUUCCAUUGUACAUUGAUAAAUGUAUAUAGAAUUGCAGUUAAAACCGCCGCUCAUUUUCAUUCGAAAUUUAAAAUAAAAUCAAUCGAGAGCGCUAGAAAAAAAAAAAGAAUACAACUCUUCAUACAAGUUGUAUAUCGUAUAAAAAUUAUCCAUUUCUCAUAUAUAAGAUAUAUAUAUAUAUAUAUAUAUAUAUAUAUAUAUAUAUAUAUAUAUAUACAUACAUACAUACAUAUAUACAUAUUAUCAUAUAAUUGUAUUUCAAAAAGUGCAUAGAAUUAAUAUAGUAGUAUUUACAUCAUUGAGAUAAAGCAGUAAGAAUUUGCGUUUAAAAUAACAAUUAUCAUCUGUACAAAAAUCUUACUAUAUAAUAGUAAACUUUAUUUUUUACAAAUGUAAUUUUGCUCUGUAUCAUAAUGUAGCGAUAGAUGAAAAUAUAAUCGCAGCAUAGAUUUAACAUUUAAUAACAUCUAAAUAAAAGAUUUAAAUAUUUCA